AUAUAUAUAUAUGUGUCAAUAUCACUAAAGUUUAAUUAUAUACCAUAUAAAGUAAAUAAAAUGAUUAUUUUUAUUUAUUUACCAAAAACAUGGCAUUAAAUAAAUAACCCUCAAAAUAUAUUGGUUUUGAUUUAUGUGAUUACUCUAAUGCGUAUAAUUUUAUGUAUACAAAUUAUUUUUUGAAUAUGUGAUUUCUGAUAUGUUAUUUGAUCCUCACAAUCCUAGAAAUAUACUUUUUCAAAUUGAUGUGACUUUUUAAUAUUGUAAGCGCUAUAUAUAUAUAUAUAUUUAUAUAUAUUAUUUCAUUCAGAUUAAAUAAUUCAGUCUUGAUUUUUAUUCUUAGAGAGCUUUUAGUGAAUAUCAUGACAAGAUUCCAAUCAUCUCCUUUUGAGUAUGUUCGAAGAAUGAUAGAUUUGAUCCUCCAUUUAAUAUUUGUUUCUUCCUAAUACCAUAUCUAGCUAUUGUAAUAGUAAGAAUAAGAUAUUUGAACUAUUUAUUAUAAGUUAUUUAGUUUAUAAUUUAAUAAAUCAAAAAUUUCUUAGUUUACAUAUAAUGGAAUGGAAAAGUACUUUAUAUUUUUUAUUGGUAUAUUCUUAAAUAACUAACCUCAAAAGAGUAGGUUAAUAAAAAAAGUAAUUUAUUUUGCUGUUUCAAAAUUAAAUGAUUUUUAGACCGAACUGGUUAAUAUAUACUAGACAAAUAUUUAUAUUUCGAGUUUGCAUAUAUUCCAUAACAACUUGAUAUAUUAGAUUUGAAUACUAACCUGUGAAUAUAGUUUGCCGGUGAUUUCUUCAAAAGUUUGAUUUUUAGAUAUGUAUCUGGAGUGGAACAAAUUUUUACAGAUGUCCGUAUUUUUAAAUUUAGACUUAAGUAAUUCACAGAAUUUACAUAAGAAGUUAAAAAAUAAUAACAAAAUUCAUAUCAUUGAAACAAAAACGAGAGCGAAAGCACAAUUUUAUAGAGUUACAAAAUGAAAUUACUUAUGGAGAGUCAAUAGUAAACAAAUUGAGAAAAUAAAACCUAAUCUCCUUUCGUUAUUUUACAAUUUCCUAUCUUGUUUAAUGAUUUGUGUCAGCCGCAAAACUUAAUUUUUUUGUCUGUAUAUGAAGUUUUAAAAUAAAUAAAAUGAGCUGUAAUAUGUUAAUUAUUCAACAAUGAUUAUACAUUUAAGAGACCAACAUUUGUAUUCGUCAUUUUAUAAUCGAUAAAAAAAUAUAAUUUUGCAAAUGUUAAAAUUAUUUAAUGAACAAACAUAAGUAUAAAAAACUCACCUCGCGCGUGCGUCCAUGUUAUUAUCUAGUUAUAAUUAAUAAAUUUCAAGGGUUCUAAACAGGAUUAGUAUAGGCAAUGAAUGUGACUACAACCCAUUGUAACGUUGGAAUGCAUUUCAAUUGUUUAAAACGCGUAUAACAAGAUUAUUCUGAUAUCAAUGUAUUGAUAGUGUAUUUAACCAAAUUUUGUUCUGAUUUCAUCAGUUAUUUUGAUUGUAGUCGUAUACUUCAAAUCAUUUUUUUCUAACAAAUUAGAUUAGAUUGUUUCUCAAGAGCUUGGUUUGGCUUCUUGAUGAAAUGAAUCGUAUCAACUUUAUGUUAUUGUCUUUGAUAAACAUAUAGAAUAAUAUAACUUUUAGAUAAGAAAAAAGGAAUUGGAUUAGUGUAAAAUAUGAUUCAAUUUGAUAAAAUAAUAAAAUAACAAAUUUUUGAAAACCUUAUAUAAAUUAUAUGAUCCCAAUAUAAAUAUAAAUUAAGAAUAAUGAAAAUAAAUUUUAUAUAAAUAUAAUCAAUAUUGUAAUUUUUUUUAUUCAUAUUGAACUUUAUUAUUAGCUUUUCUUAAUUUUUCUAAAUAAUUUUUUUUUUUAUUUUAUACUUAAAAUGCAUUAACAUUUACUGUAUAGACCAAAUAAUCGAAUAAGAGCGAUAGAAAAUCUUUAUUCAUUAAAUAUAAUCAAUACAUAUACCGUAAAAUCAAAUAAUAUUCAUAUUUUUACAUAAAACAUACUUUAAUAUAUAUGCAUUUUUUUUGUCAGCAACUUAAACAUUAUUACAUUUAAAUAUGUAUAAUUUUAAAAGGAAAUUUUUAUAAUUUAAUAAUUUAACAAAUUGGUAAAAUAAAAAAUUACAAUAUUAUUAAUUUAUAUAAAUUUAUUGUAUAGCGUCAAUCUUAGAAAUGAGAACAACAGAAAAUCUAUGGAGCAGACCUUUAGACCUGUUUGAUAAAAUACUGUAUUUGUGUGAAUAGAAAACUAAAUCUACAACCAACAGAGCUUAUGUUAAGUUACAUUGUUUAUUUGGUAUAUAUAUAUAUUUGUAUGUACUCUCUCCGUUUCAAAAUACAUGAUAUUAUUUCUUAGUGUACAAAGAUUAAUAAAUUUAUUUUUCUCUAAAAAAUGGUUUAAAAAAUAUAAUUUAAAAAUCAUCCAGCCAAUUACAUAAAUGACUACAAUAUCUAAUUGGUUACACAGUUUUCAAUAAAAUUAAAAAUAACAUAAAAAUAUUAAAACAUCAUCUAUUUUGAAACAACAAAAAAUUUAUAAAACAUCAUCUGUUAUGAAACGGAGGAAGUAUUAAUUUAGACCUUUAUUUUGGUGUUGAUACUAUUUAAAUGGGGUAUGUAUUAAUUUAUGUAUGCAUAAAUGUAAUAAUUUAAUUAUCUUACUAGAUUUUGAUCCGCGCUUCGAAAGCGCGGGUUUUAUGGGUUAUAUACGAAGUUGGGUAUGAGAUAGUAUUUUGAAUAUAUUGUGUAUUAUUAUGUUAUAAAGUCGUAUUAUAUCAAAUACAAAAAUUUAUUUAAAAUUAUAUAACUUAUGAAUAAGUUUAUUCGAGAUUUUUUAUAUACGCUCUUAUGUAACUCUUUCUUAAGUAUGAAAAUUUUACCCAAUUAUGAUAAACGAACCAAACAAAUACAAAAUACAAGUUGAGGUUCGGGAUUAGGAAAAAGUACCUAUUAGAUUGUUUUGGACUUGCGAGUCUCUGUUGGAUUCCACGUACCCAAAGUACUCAGAAUGUUUUGUUCAUAUUAUGUAUAUUUGAGUAAUUCAUAUAUGUUUUCAGUAUAAAAAUAUUAUUGUAAAAUUUGGAUUCGCGUUUUCUGUUAUAGUUUCAAGUUUUGGGUAAAAUUUCAAUAUUUAAAAAUAGAUUUAAAAUAUUAGAUAUUUUUGGUUCUCGGGUAAGAUUUUGGUCUUUUAGAUAUUUAGUUAUUUCUAAUAUUUGUUUGAUUUUGGAUAUUUUCGUGUUUUGAUUUUUUUGGCUUUUCGGAUUCUUUAGAUGUUUUUGUCCUAAAUACUCAAACCGAGCUAGACUCAUUACGUAGCCAAAUUACAUAGUAAAUUUUACAGAUACUUGAAUUAUUGACUCAAACUGACCUGGAACUAAAAAGAACCGAUCUGAACAAAAAAAUAAUAAUUUAAAUACCUAGUUGGAUAUAAAUGUCCAACACCCAAAGAACUUGGACCUGAAAGAAACAAAUUUAUAUUUGACCCGAAGAUCUAAAUGCUCAAAUCUAACAUUUCACUAUAUUUUAGUGCAUUUUAUAAAAGUUACAUUUGUUCAGUUGGUGAAACUUAAGAUUUAUAUGCGAGGUUUUUGGCUAAUUUAAUACUAUAGAUUAGUAGGUUUUUUGUUGAGCAUUAAAAAAAAGAUUUGUUGGGUUUUUGAUAAUUUUAAACUUAUCUUAAAUACUAAAUUGUUAUUUAUCAAUAAAAUAAAAUUAACAUAAUAUAUAAUUUUUAAACUUAUCUUAAUUAUGAAGUUAAUGAGACAUAUUUAGAGAAGAGUAUAAUAAAGUGUACGUGAUAUUAUAUUUUCGUGAACCAAAUUUAUGUGGUCCUAUAUAUACAGUAUAAUCUUUUCGUUUACAAAAAGAUAUGAGUCCAAUAAAUAAAAACUUUGACUAAAUAAUUGUUUGAGAAAUUUAAGAUAAUAUAUUGUUGGUCUAAAUCAAAGUAAGACCAAAAUAUUAUUAGUUAAUGAAAAGGUCUAAACAAUUUUUUAAAGUAGAUUUAUUAAAAUUCUUUCACUUUUAAUAGUAUUGAUGAAGUAUGAAGUAGAGCAGGAAAACUAAAAUUAGUACAAACGAAUACUAUAGUGGUUUUUUUUUAAAUAAACUAAAGUGGUCUUCACAUGGGAAAUCGUUUUCUUUUCUUGUCAAAUGGAAUGGAAUAUACUGAUCAGUAGGUUUGGGUGUUCUAAUACAUGUUUGGGUUGGGGAUUUUAGAUUUCUGGGUACUUAGGUAUAGAAGUAUAGACUUCAAUCAGAUAUUUUUAGAUAUCGGGUUGGAUUCGAGUAUUUUUAGUUCGGGUUCCAUUAUUUUGGAUCGGAUUUAGAUAUUUAGAUUUUGAAAAAAACAAUUUUUUAUUACUCAAGUUUCUUAUAAUAGAUUGAACGUUAAUAGUUUGGAAUUUUUUUUUUGAAAAUAUAAAAACACUAAUUUAUUUUUUUGUUUUGAGAAUUUGAAUGUAAUUUUUGGUAAUGCAUGAAAAAGAAUCAUAACAUGCAUUUUAAGUGAAUAGAAAAUUAUUUUGUCUACAUUUUAAGUGUCAUUUUGUGUUUGUGUACACGGAUUAAGGAAACAAUUAAUUUUGUACAUUUCCAAUAUAAAAACACAAUUACCAAUACACCGAACAAUAUUUCAACCAAUAGAAAAAUAAAUUAUUGAAUAAAACUAAUAAAUUUUGCAUUGAAAGUCGAAAACGACACUUAUUUUGUAACGAAAAAAUUCUCUACAAUGACACUUAAUAUGAAACAGAGGGAGUAUAAAUUUAGCAAUGUACAGCAUCAAUAUAAAUAUUUAGAAUAAAAUAAAAGAGGUAAACUAGAAAUAUAUGGUUAAGUAUACACAUGUUCGGUUAUCUUUGGAUAUCCAUUCGGGUUCGAAUCGGAUUCGGGUAUCACGUAAAACGCACAUCCCUACUGUUUAGUGUUAAAUAUUGACUAAUUCUCUCUUAUGUUAAAAAAGGUUCUGAAUGGUAAUAACGGAUUGAGCGGUACGGGACAAGCAGUACAAUUGCGGUACGGUUUUAAUAGUUAUAAAAAUGUAUAAAUAUAUGGUAUAUGUAAAAAAAUUUGCUAUUAUUAACUGCGCUACGGUGCGAAGCCGAUUAAAACAUCUGGAGCCUUAAUAAAAUUAUACUAAAACCUGUUAAUUACACGUAUUAAAAUAAAAUUAAACUAUAAUUUAAUGAGAUAUAUUCUAAUUUUGUAGUGAGAGAGAGACGAGCUCCAACUUCUCACUAGAAAAAGGUUUCAGAAAACAGUUGACUCACGGUGGCCGGUGGCUUUGCCGCCGGUUACCAUCCUCUUUUUUUUUUUUGCUUUGUGUUUCAUCUUGUAAGUUUGUUUGUCCGUGUCUCUGUUGAUCUCUUUCCGGCAUCGUUGGCUCUGUUGAGUUUGCAUGUCCGGGUUCAUUCCAGUAUCGCACCUUCUUAUGGUGGAUGACUGGCUUUUGACUCUGGGGCCGUGUCGUCUUCUUCGGUGUUGGUCGCCGGCUAUCGUAUCCAAUCGUUUGUAGGUGUACGCAAGAGUUUUCUUUCUCGUGUGUGGGUGUCUUCGUGUUUGGUGGCUUGGCUUUGGAUGAGAUCUCGGUGAUUGAUACUCUCCGAUGGACGAGCACAAGCGUAGACGGUGUAGCUGAUGGAGUCCCAAACUUCCAAUAUAGUCGUUGGAAGGCUUCGUUGGCUGUGGUCUUGUUUCCCGGAGGAUUCUGGUGGUUAGCAGUUUGGGUUGGAUCGGUGAUGACUUUCUGUCGGUGAAGAUGGUGGAGGAUUGUAACAACACGUGUCUCUCUUUUCAUGUUUAUUUUAACACGUUUUAUAGUAUCGGUGGUACCGUUUGUUUGUGAUCCGUGUGUUAGGGUAAACUAAUGUUGGGCCUCUGUUUUUUAGUUUAUGAUGUGGGUUUGUUGCUGGUGGACCUUUCUUUUUACGUUUGUAUGUUUGAAACCUCAAUAAAAUUUUAACUAGUGAAAAAAAAAAUUAAACUAUAAUUUAUCAAUUACACAUACAAUAAUAGGAACUAUGUUAUGGAUGACACAAAGGCAUGCUACUAAAUAGUAGAGUCCUAGUAGCACAAUACAAGCUUCUAGUGUGCAUACGACAAUUAGUUAUUUUAAUUUUAUGUUAUUUUUAUUUAAUCUUAAAAUACUAGACAAUAUCUCUCUUUGACGGGUGCGAAGUCCAAUCAAUCAGUCAACAGAUUUAAACUCGGGAAGACCAAAACAAAAUCCCACCCCAAUUCUUUUUCAUUUUCUAAUAUCCUUUUUACAGGUGAAAACUAAAUAAAUAAAAUAGUUUUACUCUUCUAAAUACUAGUACUAAGCUAUUUGAAUUAUUUUCAUCUUACAUAUAUUCAAAUUAUUAUGAACGUCAACGAAGAGUGACUUUCACUCUUUCCAAAUAUUCUUAGUAAGUAUUAUUAAAUUAUGUGCUUUAUAUAAUAUUGUAUCAUUGUAUGUCCUUGAACACAUGCAGAAUAGCAAACUCGGGGAUCUACAAAUAUAAUAGCAUAGUUUAAAAGGGUCGAUCCAAUUGUAUGUAUAUUACCUUUGAGUCAUUUCAAUGUGAUUGCAUGUAUGUACACGUAAACGUAUACGAAUACGUAGCCCUGUGCUUACACAUGUUUAAGGAUAUGUAAGUACAUGUGUAUGCAGUGAGAGAGAAUGGUCAAUGGUAAGAGAGUGGGAGAUGAUUCGCAGAGUGUGGGAAUGCUGGGCUUUGGGGAGUCAUUAAUCGCGACAAACGAGGAACGUGAGUUCCGAUAAUCCAAGUGGGGUAAAUUUUUGGUUUUAAAAUAUUAAGUGAUUUUGAUUUUGUUUGCUUUUAGGGUUUGGAUUUUUUCCACUUGGAAGCGUAGAUUUGUCUUAUUCGCGACACUCGUGUCCCAAAUCUAUCGCAGUAUCAUAUCCCAGAUACAUGAUCAAACAUGUGAAGUGUAACAUUCGUAUUAAUUUAGUCACUUUUCUAUCGUCUCAUUUCAUUCUAUUAUUGUGAUAUGAUAACAUGUGGUUGUCUAUUUAAUAUAUAUCUACUACUCCCUCCGUUUUUAAUAUAAGUCGUUUUACAGCUAUACACAUACAUUAAGAAAACCAUUAAUUUCUUAUAUUUUCUAAACAAAAACAUCAUUAAUUAUUUACCUAACCACAAUUUAACUAAUAAAAAAAUAGAAGAUAUAUUACCAUUGGUCAUACAACAUUAAUUAUUAAUAAAUUUUACAUUGGAAAACCGAAAAUGACAUAUAAUUUGGAACAAAAAGGUUUCUCUAAAACGACUUAUAAUAAAAAAUGGAGGGAGUAUAUUUCUAUCUAAGAUAUAUAUACUUAUGAGAUUCGUUCAAAAAAAAAAAAGAUAUAUAUAUAUUUAUGAGUAAGUUAUUAUUUUGAUAUAUAAUGUGGCUGUGCAUAACAAUCAGAUAAAAACUCUAUAUUAUAUAUUUACACUUAUUCUUGCAUAAUUUUAAUGGUUGAUAAUAAAAUUGCGGCAAUCCUUUGUUGAGGUUUCGAAAACAAUUUAAAGCGAGCAUUUAAUGUAAUAGGUUUAACUUCAAAACCUGUUUAGCUUCCGAAAAAGUACUCCUUCUAUUUUUAAGAGUUUUACAAAUAUCUUCGUCUACUUUGUUUAAACCCCUCAAGUUAUCGGAGAGAUAGAGAUAGGGAUAGAGAUAGAGAGUGUGUGUUUAGAGAGAGAAAGUACAAGUUUGCGACUGUGUUGCAGCCUUACAUAGAGAGCAAAACAAGAUCUCUUCCCGUCUAUCCUUGAUAGAUUUUAUCAAAGUGAUUUAAGAUUUGAUUUUCAUAGGAAGGAAAUAUAAUGAAUUCUAACAACUGGCUUGCCUUUCCUCUAUCACCAACCCAUUCUUCUUUGCCUCCUCUCAUCCACUCCUCACAAACCUCUCAAUUCAAUCUCGGCUUGGUCAACGACAAUAUGGACAACCCUUUUGAAAACCAAGAAUGGAAUAUGAUCAAUCCACACGGUGGAGGCGGAGAAGGAGGAGAGAUUCCAAAAGUGGCUGAUUUCUUAGGAGUUAGCAAGUCGGACAAUCAUCAAGCCGACCUCGUACCGUACAACGACAUUCAUCAAACCAAUGACUCAGAUUACUACUUCCAAACAAAUAGUCUGUUACCUACGGUUGUCACUUGUGCCUCUAACACUCCUAAUAACUAUGAGCUUCAAGAGAGUGCCCACAAUUUGCAAUCUCUCACCCUUUCAAUGGGAAGUGCCGGAGACGCCGCUGCUGCAGCGGCGGCCGUUAAAGCCUCGCCUGGUGAGACCAGCGCGGAUAAUAGUAGUAGCACUACUAACAUAAGUGGAGGAACCACCGUUGAAGCUGCACCGAGACGGCCCGUGGAAACUUUUGGACAACGAACCUCUAUCUAUCGUGGUGUUACAAGACAUAGAUGGACCGGUAGAUAUGAAGCUCAUCUUUGGGAUAAUAGUUGUAGAAGAGAAGGACAAUCAAGGAAAGGAAGACAAGUCUACUUAGGUGGGUAUGACAAAGAAGAGAAAGCAGCAAGAGCAUAUGAUUUAGCUGCACUCAAAUAUUGGGGCCCCUCUACUACUACCAACUUUCCGAUUACUAACUAUGAGAAGGAAGUUGAGGAGAUGAAAAAUAUGACGAGACAAGAGUUUGUGGCUGCUAUUAGAAGGAAAAGUAGCGGAUUCUCGCGUGGUGCAUCGAUGUAUCGAGGAGUAACAAGGCAUCAUCAACAUGGAAGAUGGCAAGCAAGGAUUGGCCGAGUUGCUGGAAACAAAGAUCUCUACUUGGGAACUUUCACCACAGAGGAAGAAGCAGCAGAAGCAUACGACAUAGCUGCAAUAAAGUUUCGAGGUCUAAACGCGGUUACGAAUUUUGAGAUUAACCGCUACGAUGUAAAAGCUAUCCUAGAGAGCAACACACUUCCUAUAGGAGGUGGUGCAGCUAAACGGCUGAAAGAAGCUCAAGCUCUAGAAUCAUCAAGAAAACGUGAGGAAAUGAUAGCCCUCAGCUCAAAUUUCCAUCAGUAUGGUGCAGCGAGCGGCUCUAGCUCUGGGCUUCAGCUUCAACCUUACCCACUAAGCAUUCAACAACCUUUUGAGCAUCUUCAUCACCAGCCUCUACUUACCCUACAGAACAACAACGAUGUCUCACAGUAUAAUACUAACGUUCAUGAUUCCUACAGUUACAUCCAGACGCAGCUUCAUCUUCACCAACAACAAACCAACAAUUACUUGCAGUCUUCUAGUCACAACUCGCAACUCUACAAUGCUUAUCUUCAGAGCAAUCCUGGUUUGCUUCACGGAUUUGUCUCUGAUAAUAACAACACUCCAGCGGUUUAUGGAAACAACGGGAUUGGUAUUGGGUCAACCUCCACAGUAGGAACAUCGGCCGAGGAAGAGUUUCCCACGGUUAAAGUUGAUUACGAUAUGCCUCCUUUAGGUGGAGCCACAGGGUGUGAACGAUGGACUAAUGGAGAGCAUGGUCAGGGGUCAAAUCCAGGAGGUGUCUUCACAAUGUGGAAUGAAUAAAAGGUUAUUUUCUGUCUCUCUUGCGAGGCAAGGUAUGGUUCUGAAUGAUAGAUAUUAUUUUCUUGUUUACCAAGUAGUUUAGAAUCGGCUGGAGUCUUCUUGAUUAGCAGAGGCUUUAGAAUUUUUAUCACUUUUGACGGCGAAGAUGAUGAAUUUGUAGACGGCGGUUAAUCAAGUCCUCAAGGGUUAGUGUUUUAUGGGCACUGAAACAAGAUGGAUACGUGCCCAAAUUUUGUUUAAAAGCUAACCCUUUUGACUAAUUUCUCAAACCUGUAAUUCCUUUUAUAAUUAAGAUUUAUGUUCCCUUUGUUUUAUUCUCUUAUAUUGCUGAAAAAAUAUAACUCUCUUUUUUGCCAACAAAUUUAACUAUAUUGAGUCUAUAUUACACUGCAUGUGAAUAAACUUGCGUCUCUUCCACAUAUUUUUUUUUUGGCUUAAAAUUCACCACAAAACUUCACAAAUAUGUGCAGUUGUUACUUGUUAGGUCAAUCAAUUUUGUAGUAUAGCUUAAUUGACGUUUAGAAGUGCGUAAAAGUUAAGUCUAACUUGUAUCUUCCUGUAUCUAACAUGUAAAUAAUGUGCCAGCUGAAAACCUUAACAGAAUUUUUCAGACAUCUAGUGUGUAUUUUCCCCUCUAUAGUUUGUAAACGUAUAAAUAUCAUGACUGUUGAGGAAUAAACAUAUAUUGUUGAUUCCCCACUCUUCAUAAUAGGGUCUUAUACUUUUAAAUUUAUGUACGGUUCUAAGUUUAUAAAACUUGAUAUAAUUACGGUUUUGCUUCUUCCAAACAUUAUUUCCGAAACUCAGUCUGCUUUUGUGCCGUGAAGAGCAAUCUCGGAUAAGGUUCUAAUCACGCAUGAGGUUUUACGCUUCCUUCAACCCUCUAAAACACGUAAAAGAUGAUCAAUUGAGUUAAGACAGAUAUGAGCAAAGCCUAUGAUACGUUUGAAUGGGAGUUUAUUAAACUGGUUUUUGAGAGACUCAAAUUCCACCAUAGAUGGAUUAUGUGGAUAAUGGAAUGUGUCUUGACUGUUACCUAUACCUUCCUUAUUAAAAUGGCUUUCCUAGAGGAAGAGUUAAACCGAGUAGGGUUGUCCGACAAGAAAACCCACUAUCACCAUACAUAUUUAUACUAUGCGGUGAAGUGCUCUCGGGUUUGUGUAACAUAGCUCAAAAAUCCGGUAAUAUGGCUCGAAUUUGAGUGGCGUGAGGGAGUCAUCGAGUCAAUCAUUUUCUCUUUGCGGAUGACACAAUGUUUUUCAUUAAAAGUUUAAAACCAACAAAGGGAACGCUUCAGCUAUGAAAUCGAUCUUGUCUCUGAAUGAAUCUGCAUCUGGACAGUUCAUCAACGCUGAAAAGUCUUCUAUAACCUUUUCACAGAAAGCCCCUACAUCGCCCAAAGACCGUGUGAAGGACGGUCUCCAAAUUCAAAAGGAAGACGGAACCGGGAUGCACUUAGGCUUACCCGAAUAUUUUGAAGGACGUAAAAGAGAUAUGUUUACUUCAAUAGUAGCUAGAAUUAAGAUCAAAGCGAAAGGAUGGUCAAAUAAAUGAUUAUCUACAGCGGGGAAGAUGGUCAUGCUCCAAAGCAUCUGACAGCUUAUUUCGUCUUCUGGAAUGACAUGCUUUAAGCUGCCGGUCUCUCUAUUGUAAGCGAAUCCACUCAGCGGUUACACGAUUGUGGUGGGAUGGAAGAAGCGGAAGUAGAAAGAUGGCCUGGGUCUUUUGCUCAAAAAUGACCCAACCGAAAUCGCUUGGAGUCUUGGGUUUCCGAGAUUUUCAGAGUUUCAAUGACACCUUCUUGGCUAAGCUCAGCUUGGAGAAUUAUUCACAACCCAGCAUGCCUUCUCAGUCGUGUCCUCCUCGGAAAAUAUCGCAAUGAUCCAAAACAAUUUCAAGUCUCCCACAGAAGUGUUGAGUCACACGGCUGGAAGAGUAUUUUAAUUGGGAAAGACCUCAUUUUGUGUAACUCGGGAUGGGCAGUUGGGAAUGGUUCAUGAUAAACUAUUGCACAGAGCCAUGGCUAAGUAUGUCUGAGAAGGAAUGACCUAUGGAACUAAUACGUGAGAGACAAAUCGAUCUCAAAGUCUCGAGCCUCCAUUUUCAAGAUGGUUCAGACUGGAACAAAGAUGCAAUUCAAAGAUGUAUCCCUCAGGAAGAAGAGAAUAUUCUCAUGAUAAAACCAAGUAAGCUGAGAGCAGCGGACAGAUUAAUAUAGUUAGGUACCAAGUCUGGGGAGUACUCAACAAGCUCUGGAUAUUGGACAGCAAAGAACGAUCUCAAUGCGACAUCACCUUUUCUACAGUCCCCCUUGAUUGUCAACUAAGUAUUUGGAAACUACAGGUAUCACCAAAACUGAAACUCUUCCUUUGGAAACUUUUCCAAGGAGCUUUAUCAGUGGGAGCAUGUCUAGCAGCAAGAAAUAUAUCCUCUGCCAUAGCUUGUAAGCGAUGUAGCCUUACUGAAUCUAUCACUCAGCCUUACUGCUAUUUUAAAACCAGAGAUAGGCACGAAAAGGAUAGCUCAUUAUCUUGUUUGAUUCAAUUAGAAAACUCAAAAAAAUCUGUCCCUUGUUUGCAUUAAGUUGUCUAGCUCCAGUUUCCUUUUUCGGUUUAUUUGCAUCAAGCAUAAAAUCUUUUUUUUUCUUGUUUUGUUUCUUUUAAAUUGAAAACCAAAAUAAAUAUUUAUUUCCCUUGUUUUAUUUUAUAGAUUUCGAGAUUUGCUUGAUAAAGUUAAAAAAAAAAAAAUUAGGAGUUAAUUUUCCAUUUGUUUCAAAACUUU